AUGUUAGUUCCUCCUGCAAAUUUUGGCAUUGCGGAAGAAGGAAUAUACAGAUGUUCAAAAGUUGAGACAUUAAACUUAUCCUUCUUAGAGACACUAGAUUUAAAGACAGUGAUAUAUAUUGGAGGUCAAGAACCUUCGAAAUUUUUUAAAGAAUUCUUCAAUAGGUCUUCAAUUGAGUGGUUAAGUAUACGAACUACAGAUUACGCCAAUGUAGGGGCACAGGUGAAUAGCUUGAAAAACUCUGAAAUUGCAUCUGAUGAAGAAGAUGACGAAGAAAGUAAGGAUAGACAGAACUCUGUUCAUAUGAGUUUGGAGAGAAAUGAUACAGUAGGAGGUAGAAAGCAAGAACAGGUGAGGGAUUCUGAUUUUUCAACGUCAACUAUUGAAAAUCAUAGCUCCGCAGAUAAUAGAAUGGACGGAAUCAUUGAAGAUCAAGAAGAUGUCACAGAAAUUAGGGCGCCAAUUAAAAACAAACAUCUGAAGUAUAUACUUAAUGACAGUGAUGAACUAAUGUUGAUAAAGAGCUAUUGUUUGAAGAAAACUUUCAAAAUGUUAUUGGAUCAGAAAUUUUAUAACAUUUUAUUGGUUGAUAAGACUGCCCUGCUCAUCGGUAUUCUUAGAAAGAUUCAAAAAUGGAAUAUAUCAUCAAUAAUAAAUGAAUAUAGAUUAUAUGCUGGCAAGAAUAGAUCAUAUUUUGCAGAAACAUAUCUAGAACUAAUAGAAUUACGGAUAGAACAAGAAACAAUUGACGCUAUUAACUCCGAUAAAAAAGCAUUACUAAAUAUUGAAUCCCCAAAAGAUGUCAUCGAUAAUCAUCGGAAACUCUCUAGGAGUAAUCUAAUAUUUGUAACUGAAAAUGAUUUGUGUAAUCCACCAGAGGUACCUGCUCGUAUGAUAGCCAUUGUUGAAGAAACAGAGAGGAGGGAAAAUCCAGAUAUUCAAAAUGAAGAAGACGAAUUUGAUGGAGAAUCUCAAAAGAGCUAUGGUAUGAAAAGAAGCACAUCAGAUAUGGGUAUAUUUGGACAUCGAUAUAGAUUAACGUUUAAUAGAAAAGAAAAUGGGGAUUACGAUUAUUACAAAAAUGAGAACUCACAAAACACAGAAGCAGAUUAUAUACGAUUACAAAUUCCAAAUGAAUUGGAGCUACCUGAAUGGUUUAAAUUCCAAAGAGACACAUGGGAGCAAGAUAAUGCCCCAGAUGUUCAUCAUUUUUACAAAGAACAAAUUUUUGUGUAG